UCCAACCUAUUUUUUUGUACGUUCAAUUUUGACAAACUCAUUAUAAAUUAAAAAUUAAAACAGAAUUCUGUUUUAAUUCUUUUCUCUAAUAAUUUCCAGAUUUUCUCAAAAGAAAAAAGAGAAUUUUGCUCUGCUCCAAUUCAGACUCACUUCUCGCCGUCCAAACAACUAAUUUCGAAGGAGGCUAUUGGAAUAACUAAAUAAAUCGUUACCUCGAAGCGACCUGGAGUUGAAUCGUUUGGGGGAGGAAAACGCUAACACGGGUAGCUUUGGCGUCCGCUUACGUGAUCGAGAAGCACGUUGCGAGUCAAAUGACGGCGAGCGAUACCGGUGGUGGCGAUGAAGGUCUGUCUUCAUCGCCGAGGAAUAGGAUGAAGUUUCUCUGCAGCUAUGGCGGGAAAAUAUUGCCCAGACCUGGGGACGGUAAACUCAAGUACGUUGGAGGAGAGACUCGUAUGUUGGCGGUCCCGGGGGAUAUCAAAUUUUCAGAAUUAAUGAAGAAGGUGAACGAUAUGGUUGAAGGGGACAUGAUUCUGAAAUUCCUGAUUAUCCCUGAUGAACUUGAUGCUUUGGUAACUGUAAAAUCCGAUGAGGAUGUCAGACAUAUGGUUGAUGAGUAUCGUCGCCUUGAAAGUGAAGGAACUCCAAAACUACGUGCUUUCUUGUUCCCGUCGAAUCCACUUGUAGCAGAGAACCAAAUGAACUUUGUUGAUCCUUACGCCAUUGAGCAGCGGUAUAUAGAAGCUGUCAAUGGCAUAGUUCGUCCAAGUUCUAAUCACACCAGUGGAAGGCUUACCCCUGUGAAUCCAAACCGCCCCAACUUCAGCAUCUCUGCUUGCACUUCUCCUACAGCAGCUUCUCCCGAUGCCUCUUUGCCCAUGGAGGCUUUGGUUUCAAAUGGAAACCAACAUAAUAAACCCCCUAUGCCUAAAGUCCGGAGUUCUCCUAGCCUUUACAGCCUCAGCACGCUUCAUCCCCAAAGUAACAAUAACCAUAGUAAUCACCAAGUUCACCAGCCGCAUCAUCAUUCCCACCAAAACCACCAGCAACAACACCCCUACAGCGGUCAAUCUCCAAGAACAUCCCCAGAUUAUCGGACCGAAAAGGCCCCAGGGCCAUACGAUUUUGUGAGGGGAGCUAUGGGGCACAGUCAUGUUCCAGUAAACCGGGUCUAUUCAGUAGGAAGACAAAAUUUGGGGAAUGGAUACCCCAUGUAUACUUGCUGCUGCGAUGAGUGCUUGGUUUAUGCAAGUGGAGGUGCUAGUAGGAGAGGCAGCCUUUCAACAAGUGGAAGGCUUGGUAAGCAUGAUAGUCCCUGUCCCAGGAACCAUAUGCUGGAAUAAUAUAGUAUACUGAUCAUCGGAUUGAAGAACUGAAAGAUAGGUACAUAAAUUUUCAUUUUUUGUUCUUUUCCAUUUUCUUUUUCUAUUUGUUGAUAGGUAAUUUGCUCAUCCAAAAGAGUGUAGACGAUAUAGAAGGUUCUUUUAUUUACUUCAUUUCUCUAAUACAUUAGCUGGUGUGAGUUUUCGUUUUCUUUUUCCUUUAAACCUUACAUUUUUCUUUUUGAAAAACUUGGUUUAUGUAAAUUGCCAAGUUGAAGUACUGAACAAGAUUUAUAGAUAAUAUCUUGUGAAGAAAUUAUGUACAUAUAUCUACAGAAAUGACAGUUGAAAGAAUGAAUUUCCAUA